AUGUCAUCUAAAAAUAAUGGUAACAAUAAUACAGCUUCUUUACUUUUAAAGAAACAACUCUUAGAAUUAAAUAAAAAUCCAAUUGAUGGUUUUUCAGCAGGUUUAGUUGACGAAUCUAAUAUUUAUGAAUGGCAAAUUAUGAUUAUGGGCCCACCAGAUACAUUAUACGAAGGUGGUAUAUUUAAUGCAACUUUAUCAUUUACACCAGAAUACCCAGUAAAACCGCCAAAGAUGAAAUUUAUUACAGAAAUGUGGCACCCAAAUGUUUAUAAAGAGGGUGAAGUUUGUAUUUCUAUUUUACACGAAGGUGAGGACGCAUAUGGUUAUGAGAAAUCAAAUGAAAGAUGGUCACCAGUUCACACUGUCGAAUCAAUUCUUGUAUCAGUAAUUUCAAUGUUAUCAUCACCAAACGACGAGUCACCAGCAAAUAUCGAUGCUGCUAAAGAGUGGCGUAACUCUAGAGAAACUUUUAAUAAAAAGGUCCAAAGACUUGUCAGAAAGACUCAAGAUAGCUAA